AUGCAGAGCGUCAAAACGCAGACCGCGUUUCCAACGAAAGAGAAGGGGGUGCAGACCGAAUGGGUCUUGCACAAAAUCGAAAUCGAGGAAUCUAGGAGACCGAACCGAGAUAUGCUUCUCAGGUACAUCUCUCGCAAAUGGUUCCUGAUCAGGCAAGAGAAUGAAUUUAGUGUGCCGGAGAUGCUUUCCCCGAUAAGGGAGGUAGAGGAUAAGGCGGAAGAAUGGAAAGGAUGGGGAGCAGGAGAAUUUGUGUGGGUCGAGGACGAAAAAGAGAACACACAAAACAACGACAGUAGCAACAUUGACAACAAGAGGAAAAGGACUGACGAUCAUGCAGAAAAACAAGUGAAGAGGAUCAAAGAAGAGAUAACGAAACAAGACAAAGAGAACGCGGUAAACGAAAACAAAAGGAAGAGCACUAACGACAAUGGAGAGAGACAAACAAAAAGGAUUAAGAUUAAACAAGAGGACCUCGAGAACCUAAGUGGGACAAAUUGGCUGAACGACGAAGUUAUAAACAACUACCUCGAGUUGAUUAGCAACAAGAACACAUACGCCAUGAGUUCGUUUUUCUUUCCGAGGCUCCAAGUCAACGGAUAUAGCGCCGUUAGACGUUGGACAAAAAAAGUUAACAUCUUCGAGUACCGCAAAGUGAUCAUCCCUAUUCACAUGGGCAAUCACUGGUGUCUUGCCGUGAUAGACAUCAUUUUCGGACAAAUUCGCUAUUAUGAUAGCCUUGGGGGUAGUCAACCCAGGUAUUUGGAUACCCUUUUGGAGUACUUGAAAGAGGAAGUAGAGGAGAAAGGCGUGAAGCCGAUAAGGAGAGAAGAUUGGUCCUUGGAAACCAAAAUGAAUAUCCCUCGACAAACAAAUGGGUAUGAUUGCGGGAUUUUCACCUGCAUGUUUGCCCGUUACGAAGCGAGGAAUAAAGAGUUUAAUUUCACCCAACGAGAUAUGCCUCAAAUCAGGACAAAAAUGAUCCGCGAAUUACAAAUGAGAUGCCUCGAAAACUAG